AUGGAUCACCUCCCCUUUGAUACACGAAGUCUCCUCUUCAGAUUUACAGAUGUGAGGGAGUGGAUAUACAAACUGACUGGUCUUCUUAGCAGCUUAUCAGCUUUUGUGCUUGAAAUAGUCACUGCAAGAAGCUCAUGCUGGCACGUGUGGGAAUUCAACACAACAGCAGUGCAGUGCGUGUCCUUUGGCCUAUGGGAAGCAAACUACCAUCAAGAGGUUAAUGCCUCUGGUUCUCAAAUCAAGAUCCCAGUGAACACUCCUAUCGAUUCAACUUGGACACUUCCACUUGAAUUCCAGUAUGCCCGGUUGCUGAUAUUUUGGGCCAUUUUGAUGAAGCCUAUAGUUCUUAUUUUCUGUGCAAUGGCCAUUAAGAUCAGCUGCAUGAAAGACCCAUUUGUGGAGAUGCAGAUAUACUGCUACAUGAUGGCUGCCUUAGUUUUAUUUGUGAGCAGCCUCUUUGCAUUUACUUCUGUGAGCCUGAACCUCCUGGUAGAUCUUUAUGGACAAUAUGCUCUGGAAUUUCCCCCUAACUUUCCUGUUCAGAAAGAAGACUUGAGCAGCAAACAGUUUACAGCAGUUUUCCCAACUGGGCUCCUGAUAGCCACCAUGUCAUUCUUUGGUGUGAUCAUGUUUCUCUCUGAGAUAAGCUAUUUGAAACAACAAAGUCAGGUGAAGUCCAAGUGUGCUUCCAAAGCGGCCCCUCAAAAGGCCUGA